UGGCUGCCGAGCAAAAGGUGAGCUUCCGUUGUGAAACCGGUGCGACGUUUUUUUUUUUGGCAGCACUUUGAGGAAGACAUGCCCAACCCUUGCAGUGCUUCAACGCUUCUUGGGUCUUUUCAAAUGUCUUCUGCAUACCAACAUCUCCUCACUUGGAGUUUACCACACCUCCUCCUCCUGCCGCUGACCCACCUCUGGCUUUUGGCCCCUCCCACAGGUGUGUCGGCAGAUGUCUGCCGUGUUACCGGAGGAGUGCUGGGGCUCCACUGGACAAGCGUCAUGAGCUUGGGUUGGUACCCUCUCGCAGACGGGAGGGGCGGGCCGACGUGCUGGGAGACUUGCUGCUUGAGGCCCAGUUGCAACGCUGUGUGGAGCCUCGGUGGGCGGUGUGUGCUUCUUAGUUGCGCCCUGAAGGGGGGCUGUCCCAUCUUGUUUCUGCCCCAACCUGAUCAGGAGUCUCUCGGCCUCCUUCAGAUACUGGGCAAGGGUCCUGCUGCCAAAAGAUGGAGGAACGUUCGUCAGGCAGGACAUGAAGUGGAAACAGAACAGAAGCCCAGCACGGAAAACUCCAAACUUGAUUCAGCGCACUCAAUGCUGCCGGUGCCCAACCCAAGCGUCGUUCCAGAAGCCGAGCAAAAGAACAUCACUCACAUAACCAACACGACGAGUGACCGUGCCUCACAUCAGAACUCCACCGUCGUCGAGGCUGCUGCGUUUUCCAACGGUAGCGAUGUCGGCACACCCACGACAACCACCAUCAGCGUGGCUCCAACACAGGCUGUGAGGGAGCUGGUGGUGUCAGCGGGGGAGAGCGUUGAAGUCACGCUACCGCGCAGCUCGGUCGAGCUGAACGCCUUUGUGGUGCCCCCACCUCCGCCAGAUACAAAGUAUGCAUUUGACUGGCGUCUGAUAACUCAUCCCAAAGAUUACAGCGGGGAAAUGGAAGGGAAGCACAGCAAGACCCUGAAACUCAGCAAGCUCACAGUUGGUCUGUAUGAGUUUGAGGUGACUGUAGACGGGGGAGGGGCCCAUGGAGAAGGUUACGUCAAUGUCACUGUCAAACCAGAGCCGCGGGUCAACAAGCCCCCCGUUGCCGUAGUUUCCCCGAAGUUCGAAGAGAUCUCCUUGCCAACGAGCUCUACGGUGAUCGAUGGCAGGCAGAGCACAGAUGAUGACAAAGUAGUUGCAUGGCACUGGGAAGAGGUCAAAGGUCCUCUCAGGGAGGAGAAGGUGUCUGCCAACACGGCCGUCCUCACGCUCACCAACUUGGUUCCGGGGAACUACACGUUCAAUUUGACUGUCACCGACUCCGAUGGCGCCCAAGACUCAACACAGGCCACCCUGUCUGUCAACAAAGCCAAGGAUUACAAGCCCGAGGCCAACGCCGGCCCCAACCAGGUCAUCACUUUGCCACGUAACUCCAUCACUCUGUAUGGCAAUCAGAGCACAGACGACCACGACUCCCUUGCUUAUGAAUGGUCGCUUAGUCCUGAGAGCAAAGACAAGGUGGUGGAGAUGCAAGGCGUGCGCACACACACCUUGCAGCUGUCAGCCAUGCAAGAGGGAGAUUACACCUUCCAGCUCACUGUGACCGACUCCGCUGGACAGCAAGACACAGCCUAUGUCACGGUUAUUGUGCAGCCAGAAAACAAUAAACCGCCAGUGGCAGAUGCAGGACCGGAAAAAGAACUGACGUUACCGGUUGAUCGAACGAUGCUGGAUGGCAGUAAGAGCAGCGACGACCAAAAAAUAGCCACCUACCAUUGGGAACAGACCAAGGGUCCCGAUGGCGUGAAAAUUGAGAACGCAGACGGCGCCGUUGCCACAGUGACCGGUCUCGAGGUUGGCGCUUACGAGUUCACCUUGACAGUGACGGAUGAGAGGAAGCUGCAGAGUAGCGACACCGUGACGGUCAUCGUCAGAGAAGAACUGGACCAACCCCCAGUGGCUCGCGUGAUUUCCAGCCCACCCGUCUCUCUCCCUGUGCGGACCGCCACCCUGGAUGGAUCUCACUCCACCGACGACAAAGGUGGCAUCAGCUACCUGUGGACCAGAGAUGACAGCAGCCCUGCGGCCGGGGAUGUGCUAAACAACUCUGAUCACCAAGCGGUCUUGUUUCUGGGAAACCUGGUGGAGGGCAAGUAUAGCUUCACUCUGACGGUCACUGACAGCAAAGGUCAAACCAACACGGACAGCGGCACAUUGGAGGUCAAACCAGACCCGUGGGAGCGCGACCAGGUGGAGCUGGUCUUAGAGGUUCCCAUCAUGCAGGUUUCCCACCGUCAACGUGACAUGCUCCUGCGGCAGGUCGGAGUGUUGCUCGGCGUCCUCGAUAGUGACAUCAUCGUUCGAGAGAUCGCCGCGUUCAAUGAGCACAGCACCCGGUUGGUCUUCCUGGUGUCAGGCGGUCCAGGGCGCCCUCCGCUGUCUGGUCACAGCGUUGCACUCAGCCUACGCAACAAACUGCGUAAACAGAAGAACGACUUUCUCAUUUACAAGGCCCGGCGGGUGGACACUGUCAUCUGCCAGCUGAACUGCUCCAGUCACGGCGAAUGUGACUCAUUCACACGGCGCUGCGUGUGCCAACCCUUCUGGAUGGAGAACUUCAUCAGAGCCCAGUUCGGCGAUGCAGAGAGCAACUGCGAAUGGAGCGUACUCUAUGUGACCAUCGCGUCCUUUAUGAUUGUGGUUGCUGUGGCGACAGUUGUCUGGGGGUGUGUGUGUUGCUGUGGCAGGCGCAAGAGCAAAGCGCGCAGAACCAAAAGCCGUUAUAAAAUGCUGGAAGCUGACGAGCAAGACGCUCUGGAGCUCCAACCACCCAGAGCUGGCCGCGUCAAGCCAGUACCCGCCCCCACCUCCUCCGCCCUCAUGCACUCCGACUCAGACCUGGAGAGCGACGACGGACAGGUCGGGUUUCCGUGGACGGAGCAGGAGCGCGGUCACCUUCUCCGACCGCAAAACGGCUCCUUGAGGAACGGCCAGGGUCCCAUGAGAGGAAAGAAGCACAGAGAAGAGCUCCUAUAGCAUCACGGGGUGAAGCUCGAUUCUGUCCUCAAACACACACAGAUCCGUCCAUCCUUUUGAUGCUUCUUCCAUUUUUCCCCCCACCUGGACACCUUAAGGACUUGAGAGCAUGUCACGCUGUUACACUGGAAAAAAACUGAGCCAUGGCAUAGGAGAAAAGCCGACCGUGUACUGUGUUAUGGAGAGAGACAUACAGAAAAGGACCGGAUUUUUGAAACCGAGAUAUUACCAAGGUGACUCACAAACUUAAAACCAGCAAGUCCACGUCACACUUCCCAAGCCUGCUUUUUGUCGACAUGCACGUGAACUGUCGAUCACACUGUUACAGGUUAGCCUGAUUGCUACCAAACACUGCCCACAAAUCCAGAAGUCGGCACAGCUGACUUACUGAAACUAAAACAGCGUUAAUCACAAAUGGCACCAGAUUAAAAAACAAAAAAGUGCAUGACAACAAGAUCCCCCCCCACUGGCUGAUGUGCCAAAACAUAUUUCUUCCAAGUGUUGUAUAUGUAUGUGUAGGUAUCUGUUGGCUCACCUGCAUCCUGAUGCUCGAUUGCUCAAUUGUCAGACAAAUGCAUCGAGCCAAAAUGCUGCUUUUAUACCGAAGGUUCCGCUCCGCACGAAAUGAAGUCACUGGAAUACACGCUGGAGCGUACAACAUGAACGAAGACCACUUUUUCAACAAAAUCCUCCUGCUGUGAUUCAACACCGAUGCACUUUUUCUUUCCAAGUCCUCACUUGUAUCCGCUUGAUUCAGGAAAUGUCACUUUCUUCAGAAUCAGCCCAAUCACAGCCAGCAUCUUAAUCCUUGAUUGCAAUGUUGGAUUUGUUCUUAUUUGGAACACAAUUAUGAGCUUUUCAGUUGCUUUGUGUGAAGAACAAGCUAAAACCAAAUAAUUUAUUUACAUUUACAAUUUUUUUUUUAACCCCAGCGGCCACACACAGUAAGAAGUAUAAAAAAAAAAAGACCAAAUCAUUUUUUUGCAUAUGGGUCAUGUUCCAAUUCCACUUUGCGAUCGUUCCGCAUGCAUGAAUGUGAAACUCAAAAGAGCCUGGAAGUCACUCGUAAAGCGUUGAAUGUCGAGAAGGGUUGUGUCACUGUUUCAUCUCAGUCCGUAGUUAAUGUGAAGCAAUCACUUUAGAAUGUUUUGCGGAUAAAUGUGUACUGUACUGUCAAAUCAUCUCAUUGUGAGGUCAACUCUGCUGCACUACUUUUUACUCUGCCGUGCACAGCAGGGCAGGAGUGUAAUUUUAGUUUUCAUUGGAGCUGUAGACAAAGGAAAAUGAAGCGCACCCAAGUGCCAACUCUACGCCAUCUUUUUGAAACAGUGCAAAAAAAACAAAAAUAGUCACGUUCUCCCAUCUUCUUUGCAACUGUCCACACUUGGAAAAACUUGUAAAGCUGAUUCACGAAAAAAAAAAAAAUGUCGAAGACACAAAAAACUGCCAUGAAUUGACCUUGACUCUGCUGGAGUCCACUGUGAAGGCAGAAACAAAGAAUUGGGGAGUCAUGACGGACUGAGGAGUAAUUUAAAAUGUUUUAAAUAAGGUUUAAAGGGAAGGAUUACAUUUGUGUUCGAUGUGACCUGAUACAACUGGAUAAUCUGGGAAUUAGAAUAAAGACUUUAAAUUUUAUUCUUGCCCUUAUGAAGGAGAGUUGCUUCAUGUUUUACACGUUCCCGACUGGAAACACUUUGGGCCAUGAUUUGUGUUGUUUGUUCAUUGAUGCUAUGAGACAAAGAUGGUGACACUGAAUUUCAUAUUAUGACAUUAAAGACCUUCAUGAUUUUA